GUUCCGGGGGCGGGACUGGGCUGGGCCUGCGGUGAGCAUCCGGCGAUGCGGCACGGGUGCUGCGGGACACACAGACACGCCUACGAUUAGACCCAGGCAGGCACCUACCGGCGAGCGGCCGCGGGUGACUCCCAGACGCGGCGGUACCUCACGGUGGUGAAGGUCACAGCUGGGCACAGCUCAUCCCUGCUGGGGAGCUUCUGCAGUGGCCGAGGACUAAGACAACCCUAACCAGGGCUCUGGAGGUCUUCUGGAAGAAGGAACCCUAGGGCUGCAGCACUCCCAAUAGACCAGGAGCUCCGGGAGGCAAGGCCGGCCCCACGUCCUCUGCGCACCACCCUGAGUUGGAUCCGGGGCUAGCUGCUGUUCACCUCCCCACUCCCACGCUGCCCUCCUGCCUGCAGCCAUGACGCCCCUGCUCACCCUGAUCCUGGUGGUCCUCACGGGCUUACCUCUGGCCCAGGCCUUGGACUGCCACGUGUGUGCCUACAACGGAGACAACUGCUUCAACCCCAUGCGCUGCCCGGCUAUGGUUGCCUACUGCAUGACCACGCGCACCUACUACACCCCCACCAGGAUGAAGGUCAGUAAGUCCUGCGUGCCCCGCUGCUUCGAGACUGUGUACGAUGGCUACUCCAAGCACGCGUCCACCACCUCCUGCUGCCAGUACGACCUCUGCAACGGCGCCGGCCUUGCCACCCCAGCCACCCUGGCCCUGUCCCCCAUCCUCCUGGCCACCCUCUGGGGUCUUCUGUAAAACCCCCGAGGCAGACCCACUCAAGAACAAAGCUCUCGAGACACACUGCUGCACCCUCGCACCCAGCUCACCCUGCCUCACCCUCCACCCUCCCUACGACCUCCUCAGCCAUGCCCAGGGUCAGGACUGUGGGCAAGAAGACAUCUGACCUCCCCCAACCACCACACAACCUCACUUCGAGGCCUUGACCUUUCGAUGCUGUGUGGGAUCCCAAAAGUGUCCGGCUUUGGUGGGCUGCUCAGCCCCUCGCCUGUCCAGGGCUAUUUAUGGGAAGGGCCCAGUCAGGCAGGGAGCACUGAGCAGAUGGGAGCUGUGGCCAAGCCCACCUUCUGGGAAGCCCUAGGAGAGGCCCCUGCCUCAGUCUGCCCCGGGUGUGCUGGGGCAGGGGGAAGAGGAGGAAUGCCCCCAGGUGGGGUGGUGGGGAGACUCUUAGGAGGAAAGGCUCUUCCAGGCCUAGGAAGGCUGUCACGCUUCCUACUAAGGCCAGGAGCUGCCAGGGCCGGUGCAGGAUCAGGGCUGUGGGAGGAAGGCCUUUGGCACCGGCCCCUGUGCUAGGAAGUCUGCCAGGCCCACGUUGGAGCCACCCCCUGCAGACUUCCUAGCACAGGGUUUAGCAAGGGGUGUGUGUCCUCUCAGUCAAACCCCUUGACGUUUCCCACCCCCUCACGGGGAGGGCGCUGGGCCUGAGGCUGGCAGGACCUAGGGCCGUGCUAUAUUUGGUGGGUCCUGGACGCUGACCCGGCCGGCGCUAAUCUGGGCAGGGAGGGAAAGGGGCAGGGCAGGUCCCCAACCACAGCAGGACCUUGCCGAGCAAGGCAAAAGACGCAGGACUGGGGGAUGCACCCACAGGCUGGGGGUUGGGAGCAGCCAGGGGCUGGCGCGGGCUUGGGCGUGGGAAGGCGGAGCAUGCCACCCUCUCAUGGCAGUGCGGGGGCGGGGGUGGGGAGGGCGGGGUGGGGAAGGCGGAGACCCAGACCCUCCCCCGCAGCGGGAUGCGCACAGUGAGUGGGUCCCUCUGUCACCUUCCACCUGGGACUGCGCCCACUGGGAGGGCAGGGUGGAAGCCCCAGCUGGGUGUGUGGACUCCCAGGGACCCCACCCCAGGCCUGUGAAGCAGGGGUCAGCCCAACACCCACCAAUCCGUCCCCGACGCAGGUAGCCCAGGGAGCGCCUGCCCCCGCUGCGAAUGGGGCCUUCGGGAGCAUGAGACCUUUUGGUGCCAGCGGUCACGCUGCACCUGAGGCCCCCACCUGACCAGUGCUCCCAGCUCUGGUGUCCUGGGAAACCCUUCAAGCCAUCCCACGUGGGCAGGAUGGUGACACGUCCAUGCGGUGGCAUUGUCCCGGCCCCAAAGUGUGGCCCUGGUCAGGGGAGCCCCUGCUGGAAAUUGCAUCCCCAGAGCUUUGAUGCAGGACCCCUGGGGAAUCAGGGAAUGAGAGUCUUCACCCCAGGGGUCUCCUUGUAGUGAGUCUAUAUGCAGGCCUGCGUUCAGCUCCUGGGGCUGGGGCUGAAUGCCCAGCCUCAGUCUCCUAAGAACAUGAGGGCGGGAGGGGGGCAGAGUCUUGCUGAGGGCACACCCAGUUCCCGUUGGAGGAGGGCAGUGCCAGUCUCCUGCAAAGGGGCCUUGGGUGGGAACGGGCCCAGAGUGGGAGGAAUGGGCAUCAUACUGGGCUCAGAGCUGGGAAGGAGUUGCUGCCAGCACAGGGUGGGCCUGGACUCCCCUCGCCCCUACCCCCAGUGGUUGUGGCUGUAGCACUGAGCCUGGAGAGCAGGCCCGGGGUGGCUGGGAGGCUGCCAGGUGCCUUCCAGAGCUCCCAAGGGCCUCCACCUGCAAGUGCCAGCCUCAGGGCAGUGCCCAAAUGAGGCCCUCUCAAGUCAAGUCAAGUUAUCAUGCAGCCAGCGAUGCCUUGGGAUGCUCACUGGGAGGGAGGUGGCUUUGGGCUCCUAAGUCCUUGGGAGAGGCUGGAAGCAGUCACUGCGCGGCUUGCGCAAGCCCAUUGUCGGGUUGGGUGGCUUCCUCAGCCAGGGCUGGGAGGGGCUCCAGGAUCAGGUCCUCCCUGUGUCACGUCUCAGUGGGGCGAUGGGGAGGAGCCCUGGCCACCCAUGGCUCAGGGGCAGCUGAGAACAAGGAUCUGCUGGAGCUGGAAGUGCCGUGGUGUUGAGGGGUGGGGUGGGCAGCUUCUCACACCUGCCUUCUGCCUCCAUCUGUCCACCUUUCCCCCACCCUGACCUGUCCCAGCCCCACACAUGGUUCUGCCUGGCUGGCCUGCCCUUGGCACCUGGCGUAGAGCACACAGAAGGCACUCAGCUAAUGCUGGGCAGGCCCACUCAUGGGGAGUGCGUGGCUGUGCGGCACCAGGGAACCGGCACAGCAGCGCCGGCAGAAAUCACAGCAGUAAACUCGUCCGGGUUGUGUGCAUCAAGGUGGCAGUGGAUGUGGGUCCCCCCACUGCACUGUGGCCCUGAGCACUGUAUAGCAGCCCGGCAAUAGGAGCCAUUAUCUUGCCCCUUUGACAGAGGAGGAAACUGAGGCACAGGGAGGUGAAGUAGCUGCCCCACACUAGUGCCUCCUCGCUCACUCACCACCCCCUGCACCACAGUGCAGCCGCUUCUCCCACCAGCUGGGGUUCCUUGGACCCCCAAGCCUGGGAAGGGGGAGGUGAGUUUACAAAAUGGAAAGCUUAAAAGGAGAAAAGUGGAACCAGAGGUUUGAGGAGCCCUGAGUGGUAGAGUAAGGCCUCCAGCGCUGCCUCUGGGUGCAGGGCAGAGUGGCAGAGGAGACGGGGAGAGGCACCGGGCACCAUGGGGGCCCAGUUCCCACUUGGGGGAUCUCCCUGGCAGAACCCAGGGUCCCCUUCAUGGGGGUAGAUGCCCAGGGCUAGCCGUUGCCACUGUCUGUGUGGACCUGAGUCCUGGACGUGCCCGAGUGACUCAGGAGUGGCUGGUUGGGUGGGCUCUGGCACCCUAGGAUGUUAUACACUCUGGGAACUGGACAGGAGUGGUUGCUUGGGCGGGCUCUGGCACCCUAGGAUGUUAUACAUUCUGGGAACUGGACAGGAGUGGCUGCUUGGGCAGGCUCUGGCACCCUAGGAUGUUAUACAUUCUGGGAACUGGACAGGAGUGGCUGCUUGGUGGGCUCUGGCACCCUAGGAUAUUAUACAUUCUGGGAACUGGACAGGAGUGGCUGCUUGAUGGGCUCUGGCACCCUAGGAUGUUAUACAUUCUGGGAACUGGACAGGAGUGGCUGCUUGGGCAGGGUCUGGCACCCUAGGAUGUUAUACAUUCUGGGAACUGCAAUCAGCCACUAAAGAAGUCGGAGCUGCAGGCGGUGACCCUGGGGUGGGACCUGGGGACAUGGCUGGGUCGGCAUGGGGACACCCGGCUCCAGCAGGAGCUCUGGUCUGUCCUGGGGUCUUUGGGGGCAGGGCUGCGGCCCUGGGCAGGCUUCCUCCAGGUGGAGGUCCUGGGGAAGUGGGGAAGCCAGGCCGGCUGCCGCCUCCCCCACUAUGUAGCGUCUGAUUCGUCAUCUCCCAUGAAGGCGAUUUGGUUCAUAAUUCCGAAACUCUGAAAAAGGUCAAAAGAAGCAGAGAGGCCCUCGGUGGAUAUGCCGAGCUUUUCUGCCGGUGCCUUGUCUCACUACUCUGGGUGGUCUGCUCUCCUCUUCAAGCCUCAGCUCACGGGGAGGGCCUGAAUCUGCCAGCCCCUCUCAGGAUAUCCUUCCCUCUGGGCCCUCCCCAGCCUUAAGGAGCCUCCCAGGCAGAAGGGUGGACACAGCCACCUGGGCAGCCCGAGAGACACACGGGGGUCCUGCCUGUGGACAGCCCUGCCAGCUUCCGCCCAGCCCUGAGCUUCAUUUGCAUCUUGAGGAGUAAGGGGUGGUGAAAUGGGAAUGCUGGUCCAGCUCAGCUGGUAGUGGGCAUAAGUGCCCGCUGAAUGGAUGGCGUCUCUCCCUCCUGUCUUAUGUCCUGGGGUCCAGGUGCUUCCCAGGGCCAUGCCCCUGCUGCUAAUGCUUGCCCUAACCCUUACCCUAACCAGCGUCCAGCGUCGUCUCACCGAGCCGUGAAUAAAUCAACAGAUUCGCAUUG